UAAUCUCUACCCAAUGGAGCCUUCUGCCGCUGCUGCUGCUGCUGCUGCUGCGGAUCGUGGUCUCGGUAGCAGCAUUACUACUACUGCGACUACCACUUCUUCUACAGUAGACGCGCGCUCCUCCAAGGCCGCCAAUGAGAGCCGCUUGAUCUUUCACCAUGACCAUCAGCAGCAGCUCCAUCACCACCACCACCACCACCAUCUCCAUCAGCAGCAACAGCAGCAAACACAGCAAUCCCAGCAGCAGCAACAGCAGCAGCAGCAAAGCCUGAUGAGGUACCAUUCUGCUCCUGGAUCUUUGCUUUGCAGCCUCAUGGAUCCUGGUCCCCUCCAGCAGCAGCAGCAGCAGCAGCAGCAGCAGCAGAUCACUCACCACCAAGUCAUCCCCCACCAGCAUCUAGACAUGAACAGCAUCAACAUCAAUAUGAGCAUCACCAACGAGAUUUUCAGCCUGGAUGGAGCUGGAGCUGGAGCUGGAGGAGCUGGAGGAACCGGCAAUGGCUCCCGGGAUCAAGGAGGAGGGGGAGGAGGAGCUGGGGUUUCUAGCAGCAAUGGUAGCAUGCAAAGCGUGGCCUUGGCGAGGAUGGGAUCAGGCAUCGACAGCGCCGGGCAACAGCAGUAUGAUCAUCAGGACUCAUACGAGGCUCACCACUCCUCCGCGCAGCAGCAGGCCGCGGGAGGGAUGAUCCCACUCGCGUUUCGCGUCCACCACCACCAAGAACAGGCGCACGAAUUGGAGAGGAGCCGCGGAGGCAGCAAUUUGAACCUUCCCUCGUCCUCCUCGGCCGUGAUAGGCAGCGGCGGCGGCGGAGGAGGCGGCGGGGCUAGAGGCGGCGGGUCCUCGGCGUCGCCGGGCGGAUCAUCGCUCCACCACCACCACUUCAUGCCUCUGAUCGAUCACCACGCGUUCGACCCCGCGGCCGCGGCAGCAGCACUGGCGAGUCAUGGAUUCGAUGCGCAGCGAGCGGCAGCGAUGAUUCAUCCGCAGGACCUCGACGACGAUCCCACCGCCGCCAGCACCAAUCCAUUGUUCGCCGCCGCCGCCGCCGAGUGUGGCGGGCUCGCGCUGGUGAAGCAAAAGAGCUCCCCCGCCGAUCUCCUCUCCAAGCUUGUCGAGGGAAUGGCCAGCCGGGGCGGCGGCGGAGAGAGUAGCAACAUUUCCAGUCCCAGCGAUCACCACCACCACCACCAUCACCACCACCACUCCGCCCACCACGCCGCUGCCGCUGCCGCCGCCGCGAGCUUGGUCAUCCCCGCGUUGUUGCAACCGCUGGCGCGAUCCAGUAGCGACAGCCUCUCGGCGUCCAGAAUUCCUGGCGUUAACGUGGAGCUCGGCGGCGGAGGAGGAGGAGAUGGGAGCUGGGAUGGCGGCGGUGGUGGCGGCGGAGGUGGCGGCGGCGGCGGGGCCUUGAUCAUGACCAUGCACGAUCAGGUGGCCUCGAGCAGGAAGCGGCUUCGAGAAUCGGAUCAGGUGGUGGAGCAGCAGCAACAGCAAUUCGCCGAGGAGAUUGGCUACUGCGACGAGGAUCAGUGCGGCUUGGAGCACCCGGCGCUGGUGCUCUCGCGGCACCUCAGCCUGCGGAAGGAGCUGCAGGAUUCGGUGCCCUGCAAGCUGCGAGCCCGGCGGGGAUGCGCCACUCAUCCCCGCAGCGUCGCAGAGCGAGUUCGCAGGACCAAGAUCAGCGAGGGAAUCAAGCGCCUGCAUGAUCUCGUCCCAAACAUGGACAAGCAAACCAACACAGCAGACAUGCUCAACCAUGCAAUGGAAUACAUGAAGCAGCUCAAGGAGAAAAUUGAACAGAUGAAAGAGGAGCUCAGGAGAUGCAAGGAGAAGUGCCAAGGACUGUGCAGCGAAGAGUAGAACAAACACAGCCAAAUUUUAAGACAAACUUUGGUCCUAGCCAUUCUUUUGUUGCAAAUAUUAGAAGAAAAGAUGGCAUACAUAUAAUAUAUAUAUAUAUAUA